AUGGAGAUAUUCAAAUUACUUCCAAUACUUUUCAUCUUUUUCAACCCUGUUUGGUCCAUAACUUCAAAUUCAGCUACAGAAAGCUUUCUUCAAUGUUUUACCUCCCACAUACAGAAUCUCAACUCAAGUAGCAAAAUCAUUCUCAGCAAAAACAGUUCUGCUUAUUCCUCAGUCGUGCAAUCUUCCAUACAAAACCUCAGAUUCUUGAACACUUCAAUAUCAAAACCAGAAGCUAUCAUUUAUCCCUUUCAUGAUUCUCAUGUUCAAGCAGCUGUAAUUUGCUCCAAGACAAACGGCAUACAAAUCAGAAUCCGAAGCGGGGGCCAUGACUACGAGGGCCAAUCUUAUGUAUCCAGAGCUCCUUUUGUCAUCAUUGAUCUUUUCAAUCUUCGGUCUAUCGAUGUUGACAUAGAAAAUGAGAGUGCUUGGGUUGAAUCCGGUGCUACUCUUGGAGAGUUGUAUUACAGAAUUGCAGAAAAAAGUAAGGCUUAUGGAUUUCCAGCAGGGUCAUGUCCUACUAUGGGUGUGGGGGGACAUAUUAGUGGAGGUGGAUUUGGUACCAUACUGAGAAAAUAUGGUCUAGCAGCUGACAAUGUCAUCGAUGCUAGGAUUGUCGACGUCAAUGGCAGAGUUCUUGACAGAAAAUCCAUGGGAGAAGAACUCUUUUGGGCUAUUAGAGGAGGGGGAGGUUCAAGCUUUGGAGUCAUUGUGGCAUGGAAACUUAGGUUGGUUCCUGUCCCUCCAUCUGUGACAGUUUUCUCAAUUUCAAAGACCACAGAACAAGGUGCAACCAAACUUCUUUCUAAAUGGCAAAACAUUGCAGACAAGUUUCAUGAAGACCUUUUCCUACAUACAGUCAUAGGUGUUGGAGAUAAAGCUGGAACAAAUGGUGGCAAAACUAUUGCUAUUGAAUUCAGUUCAUUGUUUCUUGGGCCGGUGGAGAAACUUCUCCUUUUGAUGCAGGACAAUUUUCCAGAGUUAAGUGUAGCCCGCAGCGAUUGCACCGAAAUGAGUUGGAUUGAGUCUGUUCUUUACUUUGCUAGCAUCUCAAGAAACGAAUCAGAAGCUUUGCUCAAUAGGACUCAACAAUCUAAGAGCUUCUUCAAAGCAAAAUCAGACUAUGUCAAUGAACCUAUUUCAGAAGCUGGCUUGGAAGGUUUAUGGCAAAAACUAAUUGAAGUAGGGGGUUACCUGAUAUUGACACCUUAUGGUGGAAGAAUGAGUGAGAUUUCCAAUUCAGAAAUUCCUUUCCCACACAGAAGUGGAAAUCUAUUCAAAAUCCAGUAUAUGGUCACUUGGGAUGAUGAGAAGGAAACUGAGAAACAUAUUGGCAUGAUGAGAAAGCUGUAUGCCUACAUGGCACCAUAUGUUUCUAAGUCCCCAAGAGCUGCCUAUUUGAACUACAAGGAUCUUGACUUGGGGAGGAACGAGGAUGCUAAUACAAGCUAUGCACAAGCAAGCAUUUGGGGUUUGAGUUACUUCAAGAAUAACUUCAGGAGACUUGCUCAAGUGAAGACCUUAGUUGAUCCUGGUAACUUCUUCCGGGAUGAACAAAGCAUCCCUGUGUAUCCAUCUAGGAAGAAAUAG